AUGCAGACAGGUACCUACGGAGAAGCUCCAGUAUCUCAGAUCACAGUAUCGACCAAAAUGCAUCCUACCUGGAGAACAACCUCAACCACCAACACCAUGUGUGGCAGCUACUACGGAAACUACUAUGGAGGCCUGGGCUGUGGCUACAGAGGCCUGGGCUGUGGCUACAGUGGCCUGGGCUAUGGCUACAGUGGCCUGGGCUAUGGCUAUGGCAUCCUGGGCUGUGGCUAUCGUGGCCUGGGCUAUGGCUAUGGUGGUCUGGGCUAUGGCUAUGGUGGCCUGGGCUGUGGCUAUGGCUCCAGCUAUGGCUGUGGCUUCCGCAGACUGGGCUGUGGCUAUGGCUGUGGCUCUGGCUACUACUAUUGA